ACGAUGGAUGAUGACGCCAUACCAAUUCCAAAGCGCACAAAUCACGUGCGCAUUCCUUCCCAUGCAAAUUUUCCUUAGCGCUCGCUGAGUACGACGAACGACUUUUACUCUCGAUAUUAUCAUUAUGGCCGCUCCCUCGAUGGCCGCCGCUCUUGCGGCUUCCCUACCUGCGCCCUCAGCCGCGCCAACUCCUGCGGCUCCUACAUAUGAAGCUCUUCCGCCAUCCAUGUCCACACUGAUUGAUGUCGAAGCUGAAAUACCUUUACGAUUCGUUCAACUUGAUGGAUUGGUUGUCUCAAAAAUACUAAAGCAUGCGUGCGACAGCAAUUCUUCUUCUCCUAUCGGUCUUCUUCUCGGUAUCGAUUUAGACGGUGUUCUCGAAGUUUCCAACUCGUUUGCACUUCCUCAUCACGCUGGAGAUGAUGACGACAAAUCCGCGAAAUCUGUGGCUCGGUAUCAAACGUCUAUGCUACGGUCCUUGAAGGAGGUGCAAGGAGAUGACAGUAUCGUUGGAUUUUACCAGGCAUCAACGCUAGGAGCUUUCUUCAACCAAAAUCUGAUUGAUCUCCAAGCGAUUCAUCAAGAUAAACUUCGUCAUGGCGGUGUUGUCGUUGUUCAUGAUGUCUCUCAGACAGCGCGGGAGAAUGCCUCUUUCCGCGCGUUCCGCUUAACGCCCGCUUUUAAGGAUGCUUAUAAAAAGUCUAGCUUCAAUACCGCAAGUCUUGCGAGCCAUCAGCUCACAUUCUCUUCAAUCUUGGAAGAACUUCCUUUGAAAGUCCAUACCAAUCCACUACUGAGUGCCUUCUUAGGAGAAUUCAGCACUGUAUCUCCCAAUACCGCUCUUGGAUCGGCCUCUGCACUGCCGCCGUCGUUCUCGGCUCUAGAUCUGAACUCGGGAGGGCUCACUAAAAAUCUAGAGCACAUCGUGGAUGCUUUGGACAACUAUCGAAACGAAGAGGGUAACCUUGCGUAUCUUUCCCGACAAAUUGCACGAGAGCGGGCAAAAGCUGACAAUUAUGUUAUGAAACGUAAGGAAGAGAGCGCAGCAAGAGUUGCACAAGGAUUGGCACCGUUACCAGAAGAAGACGUGACACGUUUGUUCAAAAUACCGCCCGAGCCGAGUCGUUUAGAGAGCAUGUUGUUGCUGGGUCAGGUAGAUGCUUACGCGAAGAGUUUGGCAGAGACGACAAGUACAGGAUUAGUUAAAAUGUAUGCGGCUACGGCUGGUUCUGGUGCAUAAAUAUUUAAUAGGAGGUUAUUUGUGGCAUUUGCCGGUCGCACUGCCAAUUUCUCCGUUGGAAGGACACGCGGCUUGCACACUCCGGACACUGCCACGCCCUUCCCGUGUGCCUAGGAACCAAAAAUAGUCCGGCAAAAAAAAAUUUCUCUUUGAUGCAAACACUUCACAACAAUUCACGUUCUCUUUAAACUUUUUUGACAGGGUCGUUCCGCCAGGUCUCUUUCUUCU